UCCAUUUUCUCAAUUUUCUCCAGGUUCCUCCAGCUAUUCAGUUGUCAGGCAGACAGACGUCAAGGCUGUUCUUCUGAAAUCUCGUCUUCUUCCAGCUUCAAUUCCAAUCCUACAAAUACUACGUACCAGCACAAUGGCCGCUCUCUCGCCUUACAAGGCUGACUUCCUCAAGGCCUCCAUCGACGGCGGCGUCCUCAAGUUCGGCAGCUUCGAGCUCAAGUCCAAGCGCAUUUCCCCCUACUUCUUCAACGCUGGCGACUUCUACCGGGCCGACCUUCUCCAGGCCAUCUCCACGGCCUACGCCAAGUGCAUUAUCGAGGCUCACAAGAGCGGCCAAUUGGACUUUGACAUUGUUUUCGGCCCCGCCUAUAAGGGCAUUCCCCUCGCUACCGCUGCCACCGACAAGCUUGCCCAGCUUGACCCCGAGACCUACGGCAAGAUCUGCUACUCUUUUGACCGCAAGGAGGCCAAGGACCAUGGUGAGGGAGGCAACAUUGUUGGCGCCCCUCUGAAGGGCAAGAGGAUCCUCAUCGUUGACGAUGUCAUCACUGCUGGCACUGCUAAGCGUGAGGCUAUCGCCAAGAUCGAGAAGGAGGGCGGCAUUGUUGCUGGCAUCGUCGUUGCUCUUGAUCGCAUGGAGAAGCUCCCUGCCGCUGAUGGUGACGAUAGCAAGCCCGGCCCCAGUGCUAUGGGCGAGCUCCGCAAGGAGUACGGCAUUCCCAUCUUUGCCAUCCUUACUCUGGACGACAUCAUUGAGGGCAUGAGGGGUCUUGCUUCCCCUGAGGACGUCAAGAAGACGGAGGAAUACCGCGCCAAGUACAAGGCUACCGACUAAACGCUGGAGUUGGAUUCUGAUAAAAUAGUAACAUGUAUAUCACAGAAGAAGAUGAUGAAGAAGAAAAAAGAAGAAGAAGAAGAAGGAUAGGGAUUGUCAGGUUCUGAUUGCGCAUCCAAUCAAUCUUUCCGCCGACUUUGGGAUCCCACACAAGGUCUAAUCUGAUUCAACAAGUUUGGGGACGCGCCGAAAUAUGUUGGUUUCGGGAAUGUUGCCGUUCUGAAAUACCAUAUGAUACCCACUAGGACGGUGUUUUGACGGCUUUCACUUCAUAACUCACCAAGUCGAUGACCUGCAGAAACGGUGAAUUUCGGGAACGUCAACCAGAAAAAAAACCGAGGAUGU